UAAAAAAAAAAAAAAAAAGACCAACGUAACACCGGAGCAGCAUCAGGAAACUGAGAAGAAGCGGUUUAUCCCCCAUCCCAGCGUUCGGGUGAUACUUAAACAUGACCGAAUAAAGUCUCCGAGGUUCGGACACCGACUGAAACACACCCAGCUUAAGGCAGUCCGAGCUGUCUGUGAGACCAUGGUGGACAAUCGCUACGCCACGGCUUUGGUCAUCGGCUCAGUCCUCAGUCUGCUGGCCACUGUCUACCUGUCUGUGGCGGUGGGGACUCAGGACUGGUUCCAGUACAACACCCCACCUAUCAAACGGUGUGUUAACACCACUGCGAUCAAAAAUGAGUUCCUCACUGGAGACUUUGAGGAGAAGACGUACAGCAGCCACCUGUUCAAGUGGAACGGCACCUUGGGUCUGUGGUGGAGGUGCAUCCAGGUUCCUCUCUGCAGCCACUGGUAUUGCUGUCAGCAAGGUGAUCUUCAGACAGGCAAUGAAAGUGCCAACACAACACAGCAGAGAAAUUGCACUCAUCAAAGUGGAUGUACAGAUCCUAAGACGGAGACCAUCUGUAUGAGCUUCACCCUUCCUCAGCAGUUCAGUACAAAGGUCAAACAGAACGAGAGCGAGGAGGAUCUGCUCAGAACAUAUCUGUGGAGGUGCCAGUUUCUGCUGCCCCUGGUGUCUUUGUCUCUGGUGUUUCUCAGUGGUCUGGUUGGGGUCUGUGCCUGCCUGUGCCGCAGCUUCACGCCAACCCUGGUUGUGGGAUUGUUCCAUUUUAUCGCAGGCCUCUGCUCUUUGGGAACUGUCUGCUGUUUUCGGAUCAGCGUGGAUCAGCUCAACGGCGAAUACAGAAAACCGGGAGAUGUCGUCGGGUCAAUGGGGUGGUCUCUCUACCUGGCCCUCAUCUCCUUCCCCCUGCAGAUGAUGGCCGCCGCUCUGUUCCUGUGGGCGGCCAGAAGUCACCGCAAACACUACACCCGCAUAACCGCAUAUAGGGUUGCAUAAAGAGACAGGGAUAGUAUAUUUUACGAUAACCAAGUAGGUCUACAACCUUCCUUCCAACAAUUUGUGGUUGUAGUUCAAUAAAAUGUUCAGGUCGUAGCUUCUCACUUCCACUGUAGCAGUCUUGCAAUGCAGAAAUAGUUCAGGGUAUCACAGGUUUAAGCGUCAGCUGCAGCCAAUCCAUACGUACUCAUAAACACAUUGAAACAUUUCGUGUGGCUUUAUAUCACCUUUGCCUUUGUUUUUUUUUAACCCCAUUACUGAGUUGUACAUCAUCUUGAUGUUGCAUAUUUUUAGCUUCUAGGUUUUUGUGCUA